GAGGCAGUUGGCAACUGUUGCCCUUGGAAUCAACGCCAUACCGACGGUAACCCGGACAACCAAAAUCUGUCAACAAGCUGGAAUAGAAGCGUUUGGCUGUCGUCGUCAUGACAACGCAGAGCUUCGUAUCAGACAUGCGAGUUCUAACUUCAAGCCGGGUGCAAGUUAACGCACCAACAAGUCAACACCAGUCGCAGGCAUCCAGUCAGUCAAGUCAAGCCCAGGUUUCAGGAACUCAAGUAUCUAAUCAACCAUCAGUACCUGUGGACCAAAAUCAGCAGCCAUCAGAAGGCUCUAGAGCCACCAUAACUGUAGCCGUUCCUGCCUCCGUUUCUGUGGUAGCUCCUACACAACAGCAGACUUCUAGUGUUGUAGUUCAAGCAAGCUCUACUGGCGGAACUCCACAGUUUAUAGCUGUAGCUGAUGGACAAACACAAGGUACUGUGGCUCUUCAGGCUACACAGCCCACAUUUGUGCAGUAUGUAGAUGGAGGAGGUGAUCCUGGAAUGUUUGGAGGAACAAAUACAUCAAUGACAGGAUAUCCAGUGUACAGUGUUACUGAUUCAUCAACCAUGUACAGCCCCGCUACAGCAGCAGCAGCUUAUUAUAAUACUGGAACUGUUGUUACAUAUUCUCAGGUUGGAAGCACAGUUAGUGCCAAUGCUGUUGGUAUCCAGGGGCAACUUUUAGCCCAUCAAGCAGGUGGCACCUACCUAGUUCAACAUGCUGCUAUCGACAGUGAUGGAAAUCCUCUUGCUCACACCACACGUGCCUCCCCAGCCACAGUCCACAUUCUGGAGGACAGCGGGGGCUAUAAGGUGCAGGAGGCACUCCUAGAGGGAGAUUCUCAUCAGAACCUUAACACUGCCUCUUCCACAACCACUCGCAUUUCCCCAGUAACUGAGGACUCUCGAAAGAUCACGGAGGUCAUGCCCUCCUUUCCUAAUGAUCAGUGUGUGAUCCAGACUCUGCACAGUUCCCCUGAAAAUAAUCAGCUGCAGCUUCAACCCCAACAGCCUCAACCCUUGUCAACCCACCAUUCUCAGCCACAAAAUGUGCGCGACAUGGAUAUAAUUCAUGUUCAGUGGCUAAUAGAUAACUAUGAGACAGCAGAAGGUGUCAGCCUACCUAGAAGUACUCUUUAUAAUCACUAUUUACGUCAUUGUACCGAACACAAGUUAGAGCCAGUUAAUGCAGCAUCCUUUGGAAAGUUAAUAAGAUCCGUGUUCCUAGGAUUGAGAACAAGGCGUUUAGGCACAAGAGGCAACUCAAAGUACCAUUACUAUGGUAUCCGUGUGAAGCCAAAUUCUCCUUUGAAUCAGAUUUCAGAGGACGCUGCUAAUGCAUCUGCAUUAAGGCAACAGUCUGUGAAUCCGUGUAAAAGAUUCAAACCUAACACACCCAAAUCAGAAAACGUGGAAGGGGGUAGAGGGUCAUGUGGAUCAAAUGUUUCAUCUCAGUCAAGCGAUGGCAACUCAACACAACAACAGCAGCCAGCCCCUCAUCAACACCAACAAUAUCUUGGUGAUGCUUCUGCUGCUAUUCCAAAUCUGGUUCUGGAUUCCAGCAGUCUCAGUCUUCCAGAUGAUGUUGAAAUAGAAGAUGUACAUGCCUUUAGGGUUCUUUACAGAGAACACUGUGAGGCCUUCCUGGAUGCUGUUAUUACUCUUCAAUUCUCGAUGAUAGAGACUUUAUGGAGAACUUUCUGGAGAACACAAACCAAUGGCCUUGGCAAUAAUGAGAAGACUCUGAAUAAAAAUAGUCUUUAUAAGCUGUGUCUCUGUGAAGAAAUACAAAAGCUAGUGAGAAAAGUAGACUACCAAUUUUAUCAGAACCUCGUUGAUGUCCUCAUUCCCGACUGUACUCCGACCAAUUCCAA